GGCGGGGAGCGGUGCCGGAAGUACUCGGGGAGGGCCGAGCAGUCGGACCGGCUGCUGAGACGAGCGCUUCACUGGGGCAGUCUCCGCAUAUCAUGGGGAGAUAGACGCUGCUGCCUUUGAUUGGCCUUGGUCCUCAUAGCUCCAAAAAGAAACAAGAUCUCGAUAAGCUCUAUGAGCUGAAGUCCAAAGCGCGGCAGAUUAUGAACCAGUUUGGCCCCUCAGCCCUAAUCAACCUGUCCAAUUUCUCAUCAAUAAAACCGGAACCAGCUAGCACCCCUCCACAAGGCUCCAUGGCCAAUAGCACUACAGUGGUAAAGAUCCCAGGCACUCCUGGGACAGGAGGGCGUCUCAGCCCUGAAAACAAUCAGGUAUUGACCAAGAAGAAAUUACAAGACUUAGUAAGAGAAGUGGAUCCUAAUGAGCAACUGGAUGAAGAUGUGGAGGAGAUGCUGCUGCAGAUUGCUGAUGAUUUUAUCGAGAGCGUGGUGACAGCAGCGUGCCAGCUUGCUCGGCAUCGCAAGUCCAGCACCCUGGAGGUGAAAGAUGUCCAGCUGCAUCUAGAACGCCAGUGGAACAUGUGGAUCCCAGGGUUUGGCUCUGAAGAAAUACGACCCUACAAAAAAGCUUGCACCACAGAAGCUCACAAACAGAGAAUGGCAUUGAUCCGGAAAACAACCAAGAAAUAACACACGGAAAGGUCAGGGAAUGGACAACAAUGUAUUUGGAGAUACUUGAGCUGAGACCUCAGCCAUCUCAUCCUUGGAUUUUUUUUUUUUAAUGCUUUACAGAGAAGCAUAUAUUUUUUAUUAACAGUGCAGCAAUAUCUAUAAUGACUGAGAGGAUCUGCCAAAAGAAUAAAGCCUCCUACCCCAACUUCCGGUCCCUUUUUCCUGCCAUCUCAAAGAGGAGCAGUGUAUCUUCCAGAGAAGAUGUUAUUUGUGGUUUAUUAUAUAAGUGAUUGAAUUGGGGAAAAGCAUUAUGGUCUUGUUUGGUGAGAGAGUAUUAGCAGGAUUUGUAGAGGUUUUUGUUUCCUUCUCCCUCCCCCUUUUCCCUGUACUUUGUAAUGUCAGUGUUUAUAUGAAUAUGACUUUCAUUUGCUUUUCCAGAAUAAAGAAGUUAUUAA